CCCCUCCGCCGCCCGGCGUUUCCCGGCCGCCCUUAGCCGUGGCCAGGGUAGGCUGCGGGAAGAGGCCGCGGUGGUGUGGGGGGAGCCGGGAGAGGCCGGCGGCGCGAGAUUACGCCUGAAGUGCCACUGGCGAAGAACGGACAUGCUUGAGUGUUGCCUUCAGUCGCUUGUAUUGUGCUACGUUGUUUACCCAAAAAGGAGAGGCUGAGACCCUGUUAUUUUAAUCCUUGACUUCUUCUUGGGUUAUGAUAUAACUAAUAAUAAACCAAAAACUGCGGAAAGAGCACUUGAGAACGGAGCAUGGUAGGAUCUUGAACAGAAGUCGCUGGUGUCAGGCAGAAGAGGAAGGGAAGGAAUGGCAUCCCGAGAGAGGCUGUAUGAGCUUUGGAUGCUUUACUGCAAUAAGAAAGAUCCAGAUUACCUGAAGCUUUGGUUGGAUAGUUUUGUUUCUAGCUAUGAACAGUUUUUGGAUGUGGACUUUGAGAAACUGCCAACUAGGGUGGAUGACGUCCCACCAGGAAUAUCACUGCUUCCUGACAAUAUUCUUCAGGUCCUUAGGCUCCAGCUGCUGCAGUGUGUCCAGAAAAUGUCAGAUGGACUAGAAGAGCAGCAGCAGGCUCUGUCACUUUUGCUUGUGAAAUUCUUUAUCAUCCUUUGCAGAAAUUUGGCUAACGUGGAAGAGAUUGGAAUGUGUUCAUACAUUAACCAUGUUAUCACCAUGACUACAUUAUACAUUCAACAGUUAAAAAGCAAAACAAAAGAGAAAGAAAUGGCAGAUCAGACCCCAAUAGAAGAAUUUGUGAGACAUGCACUGGCUUUUUGUGAAAGUCUCUAUGAUCCAUACCGAAACUGGAGGCAGCGAGUUGCAGGACGUAUCCUAAGUACAGUUGAAAAGAGCAGACAGAAGUAUAAACCGGCUUCUCUCACGGUUGAGUUUGUCCCUUUCUUUUAUCAAUGCUUUCAAGAAAGUGAACAUCUCAAGGAAAGCCUGAAAUGUUGCCUGCUACAUCUCUUUGGAGCUAUUGUGGCUGGUGGUCAGAGGAAUGCUCUUCAAGCAGUAUCUCCCGCUACCAUGGAAGUCUUGAUGCGUGUUUUAGCGGACUGUGACAACUGGGAUGACGGGAGUCCUGAGGAAGUGAGCAGAAAGGCAGAGCUUACUCUGAAGUGCCUGACAGAAGUUGUCCAUAUCCUUCUUACCAGCAGUUCUGACCAGCGGCAAGUGGAGACCAGUACAAUAUUGGAGAACUAUUUCAAGCUGCUUAAUUCAGACCAUUCAGCUUUACCUAAUUCAAGGUGUUGUAGGCAGUGGGAGAGCAGGUUCAUAGCUCUACAGAUCCAAAUGCUGAAUACCAUCACAGCCAUGUUAGACUGCACAGAUAGGCCUGUUCUGCAGGCAAUUUUCCUUAACAGUAACUGCUUUGAGCAUCUCAUUCGACUGUUGCAGAACUGCAAGCUGUUUUUAAAUGCUAACAAUAAAGUGGCAGACAAGAGUGAAAAAGACCUUGCCAACAAAUUACUGACAGAAAUGAAUAAGGACCAGGUGUUUCAGGCACACCUAGACUGCUUGGCGGUAUCAACCAUUCAAGCCCUCACAGCAGUAAUGCUCAAGUCUCCAGCUGCUAAGGAGGUCUUCAAGGAGAGAAUUGGUUAUGCGCAUAUAUAUGAGGUACUAAAAUCGCUGGGUCAACCCUCACGGGAAUUACUAGAAGAACUCAUGAAUAUGGCUGUUGAAGGUGACCACAUGGCUGUUGGGAUAUUAGGCAUUAGUAAUGUCCAGCCAUUAUUGCUGCUUAUCCAGUGGCUUCCAGAGCUAGAGUCACACGACCUGCAGAUUUUCAUCUCAAAUUGGUUGAGGCGGAUCUGCUGUAUUAACAGACAGAGUCGUGCCACAUGUGUCAAUGCGAACAUGGUCAUCCGUAUCAUUGAGACAUUAAAUUCCCAUUCUGCACUCCACUGUACUUGUGCAGAGAACCUGAUUGCCCUUCUGGGCUCUUUGGGGAGCCAGUCAAUGGGAUCAGAAGAAUUGCUUCAGUUAAUACGGCUCCUGAGGACUGAGGAACCAAGGCGGGCUCACCCUUAUGUUGUUCCAGUGAUGCGAGCCAUUCUGGCAAUGGCCCGCAAGCAAGGCAUGGCAAGUGCCUUGCAGUAUUUCAACUUGUAUCACAGUAUGGCAGGAAUUGCAGUUCCAUCAAUUCAGAAGUGGCCAGGCUCUGCGUUUUCUUUCAGUGCUUGGCUCUGCCUUGAUCAGGACCAGGUGGACCCUAGCACAACUAGCAAAAACGGCAAGCGGAAGCAACUCUAUAGCUUUUUUACGGGAAGUGGUAUGGGUUUUGAAGCCUUUAUUACGUGCUCUGGGGUAUUGGUGGUUGCAGUUUGCACAAAGAGGGAAUAUACGACAGUGAUGCUUCCAGACCACUGUUUUUUUGACUCGCUCUGGCACAACAUAACUAUUGUUCACAUGCCUGGAAAGAGGCCCUUUGGUCAGAGUCUUGUAUACAUCUAUGUCAAUGGACAGCAGAAGAUCUCUGCUCCACUUCGAUUCCCUGCCAUGAAUGAACCUUUUACUUCUUGCUGCAUUGGUUCAGCUGGCCAAAGAACAACAACUCCUCCUCCAUCUCAGAUACCAGACCCACCUUUUUCUUCCCCUAUCAUGCCCCAUCGUACGUCACUUGGGGGCAUUCUAUCUCCAGGAAGUUGGAGUGGAAUGCUUGCAAAACCGGAGCUCAUCACCAAGAUGAUCUCAGCAGGGACUCAGGAUAGUGAAUGGGGAUGUCCAACAUCUUUGGAGGGACACCUUGGAUCAGUUAUCAUCUUCCAUGAAGCACUGCAACCCCCUCAGGUGAAAGCAUUGUAUUUAGCAGGUCCAAACUGCUUAACUCCAUGGAAAUCUCAAGAGUCUGAAGUAGCAGACCUCCCCAGUAAGGUGUUGCUUCAUUACACACCAAAGGCCUGCAGAAAUCCAAUUUGUCUUGACCUGUCUGCUAAUCUCUUACAUGGAAGACUAACUGGAAACAAAGUAGUGAACUGGGACAUCAAGGAUAUGAUCAACUGCAUUGGCGGAAUAAAUGUGCUGUUUCCAUUGCUGGAGCAGAUCAGUUUCCUUGGUGGACAGGUGCCCGAGAAGUCUGAAGGGGAAACUCUACCACCUCCAGAAGCAGUAACUCCUGUUGAGGGCGACUGGGUGGUAUUGGCAUCCACAAAGGCAUCAGAAGCACGGCUGGAGAAGAAUGUUGUUGCAACUUUCAUCUUGCUGAUAAAACACUUUAUUCAGAGGCAUCAUGUUAAUCAAGAAAAUCUGAUUCACUCCCAUGGAGUUGCCACCCUAGGAGCCUUGUUACAGAAGGUGCCAAGCAACUUAAUGGAUGUGAACGUACUGAUGGCUGUACAGUUGUUGAUAGAGCAAGUCUCAGUAGAAAAGAACAUGCAGCUUUUACAACAGAUGUAUCAACACUUACUUUUUGACUUCAGCAUCUGGAACAGUGGGGACUUCCCCUUCAGAAUUGGGCACAUACAAUAUCUUUCUACAAUCAUCAAAGACAGCAGAAGGCUAUUCAGAAAGAAGUAUGGAGUACAGUUUCUUCUAGACACGCUCAGGGUUUAUUAUGGGAGUGGCUGUAAAGACAGUGAUUUGGCUCCUGAUGACCUGAGAACAAUACGAACAUCCCUUUAUGGACUGAUCAAAUAUUUCCUAAGCAAAGGUGGAACACAUGAAGAAAUACAGAGCAUCAUAGGAUACAUAGCUGCCACCAGUGAAGAAGAACAGCUCUGUGGAAUUCUGGAUAUUCUCUUCAGCCUACUUCAUUCCAGCCCAACCCCAGACCAGCUUUUUUUACUGCUUUUUGAACCAGGAAAUGCUGAUAUUCUUUACGCUUUGUUACUGCAUCAAAGAUACUCUGACCGGCUUAGAGAACUUGUGUUCAAGAUUGUGGAAGAGAUGCUAAAAUGUACCAAAGUUUACGAACGCAGUAAGCACCGUAUGAGACUCAGAGAAGUGGGAUACUCUGGACUGGGACUCCUUCUGAAUGAAUCACCAGUUCCUGUUUCUCUCAUAAAAAACCUUCUUAACCAAGUUCUGUAUGCAGAUCCUGUUGUGAAUUGUAAAGAUCUCAUAGCUGUAGUGCAUCUGGCACAUAAAUCAGAUAUAUCAGUGAGAGUGGUCAUCUGUAGAAAGGUUUUGCACUUUUUACAUUCCCAAUUGGAAGCAGCACAACAGAUUUCUCAGCAGCUAGGCUGGCAGGACACUUUGGUUAGACUGUUCCUGAAAGAAAACUCCGAGGUCCGGAUUGGCUUUAGAGAGAACAGGGCUGAUUCCUCAAGGGAGGAGGAAAGAAAGCCUCCUGCUGAAGGUCUUCAGAGACAUCAUGCUGAUAAGAUGGAGGGAGAUAAAGCUGGUAGCUUUGCAUCUGUUAAUGGUUUGUUUGAUCAGUGGAGUUUAGAAGACAACAAAUCUUUGGAUGUCCCAGGUCAUUUCUCUGCUAUGCCUCUGGAAGAUGCAUCCACAGGAGAGAUGUCUUUUAGGUCAGAGGACCAAGAAGAAUUGUGGCACAGUAAUCCUUCACAUCUGAGUUUAGACCUGUCCAGUGUUGACUCUUACGAACUGGCUGAUGGGAAUCAGAUGACAGAUAGCCUGCCCAGCACACCAUCGCCUAUAGAGAGCACAAAAACAUUUUCUGGACAGCCUGAAAAAGAUCUGGGUGUCAUAAAUGAUGUGGGCUUCAGUGCUGAUCUAUCUUCAUUUGAAAACCAAGGAGGAGGUGAUAAUGAACUGUUACAGUUACUUACAGACAUCCUACUGUGUAUAAUGUGGAAAGGCAUUGAAAGAUCUGAUGAUGAUGCUUGGAUUGAGAGAGGACAGGUAUUUUCUGCACUGACCAAACUGGGAAUAUCUAAUGAGUUGUUGCGACCGUCUGAUGAAAUAAAACUCAACCUGCUGGAGAAGAUGUUAGAAUGGUCAGUCACUGACAACAGAGAUUCAAAAGCUCUCCCUACACAUGCUGAAAAUGCCUUCCGGCUCUUACUAAUUGUACAAGAUUUCCUGCAGGCAGAGGGACUAGUUAAUUCAAACUUGUGGACAGAAAAGCUCUUGGAGGAGUUAGUGACUCUCAUGGAUAGCCUGUCAGUCUGGUAUUCUGCUGGCCCAGAAGCAACCUGGUUUUCACAGGUGCAAGUCCAGUUACUCCUUGGAUUCAUUGCACAAGACAACUUACAGGUCUGUGCUAUGGCAGCAGCCAAGCUAAACACCCUUCUUCAGACUAAAGUAAUAGAGAGCCAACCUGAAGCAUGCUACCUCUUGGGGAAGCUGGAGGGCAUCUUGAGUAGAUCAAUAGAAGAGAAAACAGAAACAUAUUCAUUUUUGAUUCCCCUUGUUCGGACACUGGUAUCCAAAAUUUAUGAACUUCUCUUCAUGAAUCUGCAUCUCCCUUCAUUGCCUCCUACCAAUGGCAGCCCCUCUUUCUUUGAGGACUUUCAAGAAUACUGCCGCUCUGAUGAGUGGCAAGUUUACAUUGAUAAAUACAUUAUUCCAAAUAUGAAGCAGUAUGAGGAGAACUCAUUCAGACAUGGUCAUGAGCAGAUGGCACUUUAUUGGAAAGAUUGUUAUGAAGCGUUUAUGGUGAACAUGCAUAAACGAGAUCGGGAGAGAGGAGAAAGCAAGCUUAAAUUUCAGGAGCAUUUUGUGGAACCAUUCAGCAGAAAGGCUCGACAGGAAAAUCUGCGGUACAACAGUAUGCUAAAGCAACUUAAUAGUCAGCACACCGCUACUCUGAGACAGUGGAGAGCAGCCCAGCUUUACUUGCUCUCUGAACGUGGCCCUUGGUCAGAAAUGAAACAGCAUCCUAUCCACUGGAAACUUUCAAAUGUGGAAAAUUUUUCACGUAUGAGACUAAAACUAGUGCAGAAUUACAACUUCAACUCUCAUCAGGAUGCUAGUGACCUGAGAGAUAAUUUAGGUGUGCACCAGACACAGCCCUCUAGUGAGUCUCUACUUCUGGAAGUGGUAAAGCAGGUGAAAGUGAGUGACUUGGAAGAUGAUGUACUUGAACUACCAGAGGAAGACACAACAGCCAGUUCCAGUAUGGAUGAGAAGGAUGAGCAGAGUCAGAAAGAAAAGCUAAUAUUGUCUGAAGACUGUGAACUCAUUACAGUAAUUGAUGUGAUACCUGGCAGACUGGAGAUCACUACCCAGCACAUCUAUUUCUUUGAUGGUAGCCUUGAAAAAGAGGAGGGGGUUGGUUUUGAUUUCAAAUGUCACCUUUCUCAAAUUCGAGAGAUACAUUUGCGUCGGUACAACCUGAGGAGGUCGGCUUUGGAGAUCUUCCUUAUGGAUCAAACCAACUACUUUCUCAACUUCAAUAAGGAGGUAAGAAACAAAGUAUACAGUCGAAUAUUGUCACUGCGCUCUCCAAAUAUUUCUGGAACCAGAUCUCCACAGGAACUCUUUAAAGCUUCAGGUUUGAUGCAGAAAUGGGUGAAUAGAGAAAUAUCCAAUUUCGACUACCUUAUUCAGCUGAACACAAUGGCGGGACGAACUUAUAACGACCUUGCUCAAUAUCCUGUGUUCCCCUGGAUUUUACGAGAUUACACUUCAGAAGAACUGGAUUUGAAUAAUCCAGCGGUCUUUAGGGAUCUGUCCAAACCCAUAGGGGUGGUAAAUGAGAAGAAUGCUAAGGCCGUGAAAGAGAAAUAUGAGAAUUUUGAGGAUCCCCUUGGGAUGAUUGACAAAUUUCACUAUGGAACACACUACUCAAAUGCUGCUGGUGUCAUGCAUUACCUCAUUCGGGUAGAACCUUUCACAACGCUUCAUAUCCAACUUCAAAGUGGCAGGUUUGACUGUGCUGAUCGACAGUUCCACUCUAUUCCUGCUACCUGGCAGGCACUCAUGGAUAACCCCAAUGAUGUCAAGGAACUUAUCCCAGAGUUCUUCUACUUCCCAGAAUUCCUGGAGAAUCAAAAUGGCUUUAAUUUGGGUCAGCUUCAAAUAUCCAAAGAAGCGGUAAAUGAUGUUGUUCUCCCCAAAUGGGCCCACUCUCCAGAAGACUUCAUCUGUAAACAUAGGAAGGCUCUGGAAUCUGAGUAUGUUUCUGCUCAUCUUCAUGAAUGGAUAGAUUUGAUUUUUGGCUACAAGCAGAGGGGACCAGCUGCAGUGGAAGCACUCAAUGUGUUCUAUUAUUGUACUUAUGAAGGGGCUGUGGAUUUGGAUGCUUUAACAGAUGAGAAAGAAAGGAAAGCUUUAGAAGGGAUGAUAAACAAUUUUGGGCAAACUCCCUGUCAACUGUUAAAGGAGCCUCAUCCUCAAAGGCUGUCGGCAGAAGAGGUAGUGCAAAGACUAACUAAAAGUGAUACCUCUACUCUGAAUCUCUUCCAGCACCUCACUGAACUGAAGUCAUUCUUCAUAGAGGGAAUCAGUGAUGGUGUCCCUAUUGUCAAAGCUGUUGUCCCCAGGAAUCAGUCACGUUCCUUUAUGUCUCAGGGAAGCCCAGAGAUCUUGGUAACAGCAAGUCUGAAUUGCAUUAUUGGAACCCAUGGUUGGCUACCUUAUGAUAAAAACAUCUCCAACUAUUUUACAUUCAUCAGAGAUACCACAGUGACAAAUCCUAAAACACAGCGCAGCAUGAGUGGUCCUUUUGCACCAGGGCUGGAGAUUACCUCUAAGUUGUUUGCAGUAUCCCAUGAUGCAAAACUCCUCUUUAGUGGAGGACACUGGGACAAUAGCAUCAGAGUGACAUCUCUUACAAAAGGAAAGCUGAUUGGACAGCACAUCAGGCACAUGGAUAUUGUGACCUGCUUGGCAAUAGAUUACUGUGGAAUCCAUUUAAUUUCAGGCUCCAGAGAUACUACCUGUAUCAUAUGGCAAAUAGUUCAGCAGGGAGGAGUGCCUGUCGGCCUGUCACCUAAGCCAUUACAGAUCCUUUAUGGGCAUACUGAUGAAGUUACAAGUGUUGGCAUCAGCACUGAACUGGACAUGGCAGUGUCAGGAUCCAAGGAUGGGACAGUUAUUAUGCGCACUAUUCGAAAAGGUCAGUACAUGAGAACUUUGCGACCACCUUGUGAGAGUUCCCUCCUCCUGACAGUUCCCAAUCUGGCUGUGUCCUGGGAAGGCCAUAUAGUUGUCCACACCAGCAUAGAAGGAAAGACCACUCUUAAGGAUAAGAAUGCAUUACACCUCUAUUCUGUCAAUGGAAAGCAUCUGAGUUCUGAGACUCUGAAGGAGGAAGUGUCAGAUAUGUGUGUGACUGGCGAGUACAUUGUGAUGGGCAGCUUACAAGGAUUUCUUUCCAUACGAGAUCUCUACAGCCUGAAUCUGAGCAUCUCCCCAUUAGCCAUGCGACUGCCAAUUCAUUGCAUUUCUGUCACUAAAGAGUAUAGCCACAUCCUUGUUGGCUUGGAGGAUGGCAAGUUGAUUAUCGUUGGUGUUGGCAAGCCAGCAGAGGUAAAACCCACCAUCAAGAACUUUUUCUACCGAACAGUGGGAAGUUCACUUAUUUCUGCUUUUCAGCUGAGCAAGAGGUCUCCUCUAUGGCAGGAUGCGCUCAGGUCAGCUUUCCCGAAAGCUGUGGGGAUCAAGCAAACGGCUCAGCCAGAUUUCAUCAGGAGAGACUGAAUAUAACACUCAAGAUUCCAAGUGAUUGCUGCUUCUACCUUCUCUCAUGGAUGCCAGAAACAUAUUUAAUCUUUUGGUCACUUUAAAUGUAUAUCUCAGCUUUCAGGGGCUUGACUGUUAACAGUCUGUUGAAGACGAACCUAUGGUAGAGGUUUAGUAAUAAGCAUAUGUACCCAUGCAAGUUAGCUUGCUUGCACAUUUUUCCUUAACCGUGUUGAUUUGGUCACAACAAAAACCCUGUCUAAACAGCUGCUAAAACAGUGUUUCAGGAAAAACAAAAAACCUAAACAUACAAACCAAAACCACCAGACCUCCAAACCAAAGCUUGCUAAUUGAACUUAAGUACCAUUUGAUUUAAAGAUGAAUAGGGCCAGAUGCUCCUUGAUCAUAAGAAAGAUAUUUGGCAUUGCUUUCACAGCACUGCAAUUCCCCAACAGUCUGUCUAAAAUUGUCUGUUGCAGUGGUCUGAUUCAAAACUGGGAUAGCUGACAAUUACAUCCCUUUCAGUAUGUUUUUUAGACCAAUGAACAACUUAAUGUGAUUUGUUCCUGUAAAUGCCUAUUGCUAUCUUCCUUUACGUAGUUCCAGUUUUAGGCUGUUCUGCAAGGAACAUCUGUGUUGCACUACUUGAUUAUCAGAAAUUCUUUAAAGUACAGACAUGAAUAACUUCAAAGAAGUUGAAGGUGGUGAAGGAGCAGAAGGAGGUAGGAAAUACUUGCUGCUGAAAAUUAUUUAUAUUAAGUAGACUAAGAUGCACACCAAGAAAUCCCAUAAUAUAGUUACUAUCUUGAAGAAAUAAGAGGACAAAUCACAUAUCCCUGUUGGUUAAAGAUCUAUCCUCUUCAUUAGUAAGGCAACAAAUUUUCGCUGCAAAAUCAUUUAAACAAUGCUGCAGAACAACUUAAUGGAAAAGCACCUGUUUGUUUCUUGGCUUGGUAUUCACCAAACCAGUUAUCCAUAUUUUUAUUUCUGUAAAACAAGCAGGAAAACAGAUGAUGUAUCCAUUUUCAAGAUGUGUUUAAUAACUGGGAGAAGAAAAUAUUAGAUCCUUACCUGCUCUAUACACAACAAAAUAGUUAUGGAUUUGUUGCUAUAUUUUGGAAAAGCCAUUACUGAAUGUUUCUUUCGUUAAGUAAUAUUUGAUGUUAGAAGGGAUUGUGUUUUCCUGUCAUUUUGGUGUUUUUUUAAUGUUAGUGAUUUAAAUUACAAACCCUAUAUUGCUGAAAAAGCCUGGUGCUGAGGGAAAAAUAUUUUUUGACUGGUGUGCAAAGGUAUGUGUGCAUGUGUGUAUAUGUGUCUAUGUAUAUUUAUGUAUAUACAUGUAUGUAUGUCUAUUAAAAAGAGAAGAUAUUCCCCUUUCAUCUUUUGGGGUAAGGGGUGUAUAAAUAUAAGGCAGAGCUCUAACUGAUUUCUAGCUAGUAUAUUCCCUUUUGGCUACCCAUCUCUUCCCUCUGCCAUCACUUUUUUGUGUUAUUUUUAUUUAUUUAUGGACAUGAAUGUGUUGUACCUCCCAUAAAGGUUAUCAGAUAUUCUCUGUGACUGGGACCCGUUGAACUACCUUAGAACUCCAUUAUGUAUAAUCUCAUUUCAUUAACUUGUGGCAUAAUAUUUAUUAUCUUUAUAGAAAUAAAGUUAAUCCUUGCCCCCUGGAUAAAGUUAAUCUUUAAAAGUCCAAUUAGUUUCAUGAAAACUGUUUCCUCUUCCUCCUCCUAAUGACUGUGUGCUGUGUAAAGAAAGUUGUAUUGUUUUUUCUUUUGUAAAUGAAAUAGUAAUCAGCCUUGUGAACAAGUGGGUCUAUCCAUAGUUGCAAUAUUCAAAUUAAUCACUGUGACAGACUGGAUUGUCUGAUUGUCAGGAGAAAAUCAGAAUAAUUUCCUUGAGUCACUUGCCAAGAGAGCAUUAAAUUUCCAAAAGCAAAGUGAAAUACUGUUUUUAAUCACUUGCCUAUCCAAUGAGAAUACUAAGGAUACUCUGGAAGUAUUAAAUGUGUAUAUGAGAAUGUGAAGUAUGGUUGUCCAUUAUGAUUUCAUGAAGAAGGGACUUCAGGGGAGCUCUUUUGAGAGUAGUUUGUAAGAAUUGCAGCUUUGAAUGUAAGAAUCUUCGGUGUUGUGGGAAGUUGAAAAAAGAAGCACAUCAUUUGGGGCAUUGCAGUGACGUUUUUUGUAAGUACGCAUAUAUGUUCAGCUUAAAUGUAUAUAUGGGAUUAAGUGUAUGCUUGCCGGGGAAGGGAGUGGAAAUUUUGGUUUAGAUUAGCAGAAUCAAGUGGAAAAAAGUAUCGAGAUAAGUCUUUUGUAGGGUUUGGUGAGAACAUCUUUGUCACUUGCACAGAAGAUCACAUAAAGGUUUGAAAUCAUCCUACUGUGUUUCAAACAAGUUUAUACAAGAGAUGGAUUAAUUUUUUAGUAAUUUAAUAUUCAGGAAUACUGAAUACACGGUGUCAGCUUAAGUAAAGUAUGUAGUUGAAAUAAUUGGGGAUGAGAGGAUUUAUGGUGAAGAGUUUUGACACUUGAGUGCCGUCAUUUCAGUGCAUCGUGAGCAUUAAGUGAUCUUCACAAAAAUCUGGGACAGGCUGAAAUGUGGACAGUUUCAGGGCUGUCAGACUUGAGAAUAGUUUGUGCUCUGCACAAAGCAGCAGCAGAAUGAGGAUGAGGAGAGAUGAACUCUGAGCUACUUCAUGCUCUACGCAGAAUGGCAACAUACAUUAUUACCUUUUCAUCUUUUAUAUGGUUCUUGAGGAUGAGGGGUAUAUACCAUCACAGUGUUUUUGGAAAGACUUCAAAGGUUUGAAGGUCUGCACUUUUGCCUUUAUUUGAAACCAGCUUCAAGUAAAAGAUAUAGGUGGUAAGUGUGAGCAUUAGCUGGUAUUUUGUUUCUGUUUGAACUUGUAUGUCUUUCUCAAGUAGAAAAUCAUUUUUCCAAUCGUCUGUUAAGGUUGACUGAAUUGCAGUCUAUUAUGUAUUAGUGAACUGAUCUCUUACUUUUGAUUUCCUCAAAUUAAGUAAAACUUAGGAUCCCACCAUGUUGCUUUUCAUGUAGAAAAAUGCGUUCUUGUGAAGUAAGAUUAUCCUUUGUUUUUGAACUAAUAUUUAUUUAAGUGUUAAAAAGUAAAGCUGUGAGAUGAAACAAUUCUGAAUAGGAAUUCAGAAUAAACAUAGUUGUUCAUAACACUACAUUUGUCAAGACCUUCUUGGUGGUACUUUCUUGCAUUUAAUUUUUGGAACAACCUUAAGGAUAUUUAUCAAAGCUAAAGAUAUACUUAUCUUUGAAGCUGAAGAAAACUUUCUUCUGAUACUUGUAUAUAAUCUAGAUCAAGCAGCUAGCAGUAUUGAGUAAACUCUCCAUAGAUCUUAAAAGUGUAUACCAAAGGAUGAUACUUAAAGACAUCUCUUCCUUAUUUCAAGAAAAAUGUUUAAUUUUCACAAUUUACUUGUAACUGUUGAUAGUAUUUUUAAUUGUCUUUUAUAUUUGUAGUGAAGAAUCUCAUCUAGUCUGCAGUUUUUAUACUAUACCAGCAUUCAGAAAGUGAAAUGUUUGCAGUUCAAGGUAGCAUCUAACUUAUGCGAAUUAUACUAUAUUAAUAUACUUAUCUAAUACUAAAUCAUAGGAUAUCUAGAAACCAUGUCUUCUGUCAUCUGUGUACUUUACCAACACCAGCACAAAAUAAUAAUCCCGAUGUUUAACUACAUUUCUCCUGCAUAUAAAUAUGUAUCCUAAUGUGAACCUAAGGCCUAAUCUAAUAAAUAUUGCUCGAUGAAAACACUAUGUAGGGUUAUAUUUAAUUUGGUGGAAAUUUAAGUAUUCAGUGCUUUCUUGACUGGGCUUUUCAUGCCUUUUGGUUUAAAACCUAUGUAGUUUUCAGUUGUAAACAUAACACUUUGGUAGUAGUCAGUUGCUUGUGAAAGUUCUGCUGAGAAUGGACUUAAGCUGUGCAAGUAUAUAUACUCUCUGAUCUAGUUACCAGCAUAUAUUAGUAAAACCAUCAGGAAGUAUUAUAGAUGGGUGAAGCAGAUAGUUCUCAAAUGAGAUAUGCCACAUAGUGCUACACUGCUGCAGACUUUUUUUCACUCAUCUUGCUGAACUUGAACAUUGUUUUUGCAGUCAGUCGUAUUUGGUGCUGUAAUAAAUCAGUAACAGCACAGCAGCUAUAACAAAGUUAAUGAAAAGGUAACCCAUCAACAGAUAGUAUUAACUUGCAUUGCUUUAAAAUUGUGCACGUUUAUUUGGCUAAGACUGUGCAGGUCCAGGCAGUAACACAAGACGUACUUACACCUUUUAGAAGGAGAAAGUUUUUGUGCAGUCGUAUGCAUGUGGGUUCAUCGUAUUACCAAUGUCAGAGUCCAGUGAUUGGAAGAUGUCUUCCUUUCUAUCUCAAGGAAUCAAUUUCUCCUCGUUAUUACUAAUAGCUCUUGGAGGCACAUACUUUUAAAGCCAAGGUUUCACAAAAAGCUACUGCAGUUUAUUAAAAAAAAAUGGUAGAAUAUUAUUGUGCCCUUCUUCACUACUAUAGUCAUCAGAUGCCUGAGUGGUAGUUCAGCAUGAUCUGCACAGGUUUACUUUUCAGUCAAGUGCUAUUAUUCAUCUUAUUGCAGUCUGGAGUACCCCAUAGGUGAGGAACUGCUUGUGGUGCUUAUUCAAAGAUACCCUUUGUUCAGUUUUAAUUCACUUUUUUGCAGUGCAUCUGUAGAAGAAAACUCAUGUUUUUCUUUUAGUUACUGUUUACCUGAAGGGCCCAAAUAGAAUAAGUAUUUCACUUUCCUUCAGGAGAAAAUUCCUGCAAUUGUGUUUGAUUUCUAUUUUUGUCUGCUGGACUUGGGAAAUCUGGAAGGUAUUUCCAGAGCUUAGGUCUGUGACUAGAUUCUGUGCAGACACAAUGUCAUAACUUACCUUUUUUCCCAGAAGCAUGAUUGUCAGUAGAGAUUAUAGUUUAAUGCUGCUGAGGUGUCUUGAAAUUGAAAUAUAAAACAUCCAGCCAUAUGUAUCAUACAUUUAAAUGAAGUUAGAGGCCACUUGUAUAUUAAUUUCCUAUCUAGUUAGUAUUUCCUCUUGAGGGAGCCGCAUUUUUUGCCUUGAGGAAAUGUUUAAAAUAAAUUUAAUCAUGUACCUAGUAGUACUGCUUUAAUCAUAUAUAGCUUUGAGCUAUUACUUAAAACCAUGAGGAAAAAAAAUCAAGGAGAACUUGUUAAGUUCUGAUUUAACCCUUAGCUUAUGCAGGAGCAUCUUAAUAUAAAAUUAGAGAAACACUGCUUGUAAGACUAACCUCCCUCUGGUCAGUCUUUUGUUGGAAAUUGUGCUGCUACUUGGUUUGCAUGAUGAAAUUUGGUAAGCAAGACACUUCAACGUCUCAGCAUUUUUUUUUAAGUUACUAAAGCUAAUGGGGCAGUGCAAAUAGAGUCCUUACAGCAACAGUUAAUCGUAUCUUUUGAUUCUUACACGUUGUGCAAUUAUGUGAUUACAAAUGGAUUUUUAAAUGCCAAAAAAUGCCUUUUUUUUUUUUUUUUUUUUUUAGAUUUAAUUUUUAGUUUUAGGAGUGUUGAAAAUAUCUGCUUUCAAAAAUGAGCCUUCAGGCCCUGAAACAAACUUGCUGUCAGUCUUCUGUGCAAUAUCUCCCUUCUGGGUGCUUUAAGUAUAUACUGUAUAUCUUAUUUUGGUUUGAUCAGUAUGUUUUGAGAGUGUGUAUAUUGGCUAAUGAUGGAUUUUUUUCUUCUGUACAGCAUGGUGGAAGAUGUUUUAAAAUUUUGCACUUUUCUAGGAUUUGCAAGUUUGUAACCUAACAAUUUUUAACAUGCACACUUUUGUACAUGAUCAGCAUUGUAUAUAUUUAACAUGAGUCUGAAGCCAAUAAAAAUAAUUGAAUGCA